UUGUCGUGACGCUGUUUUAAUACAAUCCGUUAGAAAUGAAAUGCACCUUCUGUAAAUAGAAAAAUACAGUUUUUGAAUCAGGUCAGUAAAUACCUGUAAUAUUGUCAUACUCACAGUCAUGACUAAGUUUUGAAGCAAGCAGGAAUAUCUGGAGGAGUAUCAGCUGAACUGAGAUCUGCUGCUGUGAAGAUGGUGUUUGUUAAAGAGGAGAGUGAGGAGAACACAAGUGAACCAGAACCCCGGAGAAUAAAACACGAGGAACAAGGAGGCCUGAUAAAAGUGAAAGAGGAAAGACAAGAUCUGAAUGAAGUGGAGGAGAAGCAUCAGCAUCAGAAAACUUAUGUCACCACUGGAGAAAAAUCAGUGAGUUGCUCCAAAACUGAAAACAGUUGCUCGCAAAGCAACAUUCAAGUAACAGAAGUCAAAAGGCCUUUCACCUGCUGUGAGUGUGGAAAUGCAUUCACUUGUAAAAAAUACCUUAAGAAUCACAUGAGAAUUCAUAAUAGAAUAAAACCUUUCACCUGCUCUGAGUGUGGAAAGAGUUUCAAACAGAAAAGAAGCCUUGACGCGCACAUGAUGAUUGUUCACAUUGGGAAAAAGCCUUUCACCUGCUCUGAGUGUGGAAACACUUUCACACGCAAAGGAAGCCUGAAGAAUCACAUGUUAAUUCAUAUGGGAAAAAAGUAUUUCACCUGCUCUCAGUGUGGAAGCACAUUCAGCCAUAAAGGAAGCCUUUGGAAUCACAUGAAAAUUCAUACUGGAACAAAGUCUUUCAGCUGCACUCAGUGUGGAAAGAGUUUCACGCAGAAAAGAACUCUUAAUGAGCAUAUGCUAAUUCACACUUCAGAAAAGCAAUUAACCUGUCCUCAGUGUGGGAAGAUUUUUACAUGUAAAGGAAGCCUGAAGAAUCACAUGUUAAUUCAUGCUGGAAUAAAGCCUUUUGUCUGCUCACAGUGUGGGAAGAGUUUUACAUAUAAAGGAUGCCUUAAGGAUCAUUUGCUAACUCACACUUCAGAAAAGCCUUUCAGCUGCUCCCAGUGUGGAAAGUCUUUGUCACGUAGAGGAAGCCUGAAGAAUCACAUGUUAAUUCAUGCUAGAAUAAAGCCUUUUACUUGCUCACAGUGUGGAAAGAGUUUCACACAAAAAAAACAACUCAAUGAGCAUGUGCUUAUUCACAAUUCAGAAGAGAAUUUCACUUGCUUUCAGUGUGGAAAUACUUUGUCACGUAGAGGAAGCCUGAAGAAUCACAUGUUAAUUCAUGCUGGAAUAAAGCCUUUUACCUGCUCUCAUUGUGGAAAGUGUUUCACACAAAAAAAACAACUUAAUGAGCAUGUGCACAAGCACACCUCAGAAAAGCCUUUUAGCUGUUCUCAGUGUGGAAUCGCUUUCACACGUAAAGAAACCCUUAAGAAUCACAUGUUAAAUCAUGCUGGAAUAAAGCCAUUCUCCUGCUCUCAGUGUGGAAAGAGUUUCACACAAAAAAAACAACUUAAUGUGCAUGUGCGCAUGCACACCUCAGAGGAGCCUUUUACCUGCUCUCAGUGUGGGAACACUUUCACAUGUCAAGCAAGCCUUAAGGGUCACAUGUUAAUUCAUACAGGAAUAAAACCUUUCAGCUGCUCUUAAUUUGGAGAGAGUUUCUCAAAAAAGACAACUUAAUGUGCAUGUGCAUAUUCACUCUUAAGAAAAGGCUUUCACCUGUCCUUAGUGUA